AUGGAAAUGCCACCCGCGAUCCGGAAACAAGACCUUCGAGACAGGGGCGACAGCACGAUAACAAGCAGCCUACACCGACCCGUCCCCGUACCCCAUCCCCCAUCCCGCCCUCCAUCCCGCCCUCCAUACUCGAUGGACACACUACCUCUCGAGACCCUCCAGCGAGUCUUCCAGCUCGCAUGCACAGAUGGAGGACACACAGGAUGUGCGCUAUCCUUGACAUCCAAAGCGGUCCGCGCAGCCGCCCGCGUCUCUCGCUUCCACUCCGUCGGGCUCGUCGCACAUCCCGACAUCUCGCACCCCUUCCUCACCCUCUACGAACGCGAGCGGGUCCCCGCGGUCGGCGAACCCACGGCGCGCAUCGCCCAUCUCUCCAUCGCAUUCCCCGCUCUCGCCGACGCGUCGUGCAGGAGCCCGACAGCCUCACAUCGUCCCCAGGAUGACCUCGGUCCUUGGCGUCCACCAUUCCCAAGACAGUACCUAGAAGAUGUACGCAGACUGUUCCACCUCAUCGCUCCAGACCUGCGCUCGCUAGUCCUCUGUCGUGCGAGCGAGGGCAAAUGCGAGCCAUCCGAGCUCGCACUUCCCAUUUUCUCCACAUCCUUCCCGAUGCUGCACGACGUCUCCCUCUUCGGCCUGGCAAGCCCCCGCCCUCUGCUUGCGCUCCACGACGACAAUCUUACGCCCAUCCCACUGUUCCCUUCCGCCAAGCGCCUCGAACUAGCCCCCGGACCUCUCUCAAAAGGCGUGAGCCUGGACGAGCUGGCAUGGCACGCGCCGUGCAUCGCCGAGCUCCGCCUGUCGAACCUCCAGCCUUCCCCGUCCACAAUCGACAGCCUAGCGGGGCUGGCGAAAGUGGUGUCCCCCUCCUCUCAUCCCGACUCCACGUGGGACGCGCUGCGCACAGUCACCCUGAGGCCGUGCGCCCCUCCGCCAGGUGUGCACGACGGCUGGUGCGGAGACGCGGGACCCAAGGAGCAAUACACCGGGCUCUGGCGGGCACUCCAGCGAGUCCGAUGGUCGGCGGACAGGACGCCCGCUCAGUGUGCGGCAGGCUAUGCGAGGGCCGGGACCCAGGUCGUUCUGCCAGAGGGACGAGAUUACACAGACGCAGAACUGCAAUCACUUGCCCGCAGACGUCUGGUAAAUGGCUGGGAAGACGACGAAGCCGUAGGCAGGGAGGCGGGGCGGAAUUGCGAUGGAGAGUCGCACGUGGCGCCUCGGCCGCGACAUACGCCUGUCGUGUCGGGAUGGCAGCGCACGACCAUUCUACAUUCUAUCUGAACCGUUCCCAGACGGCAUGUUAUAAGACGCAUGUCUACAUCAACCAUAUUUCAUUACUAGAUCAUGGCGAGAAAACCGAUACCAUCGACCGUCCAACGAACCUGCUGACUCGGUCGGCGCAGAAGAGUCCACGAAUGCUACGUGACUGUUUGGAUCGUCUGUGCGUUCUGUCAAACGCACUGUCAUGGAUAUCGCGGAAGGCAGCUCAAAGUCACAAAAACAUUCAGCCAUGCAAUGUACAGGUACCUUCACUAUGCACAUGAUGUACAAGCGACCGCCUUCGGAAGUUUCCCGGCAAGAUUGAGUUGCGCGCUGAACAUCCUGAUAGAAAUUACUAUCAGGGCAGGCUGUCUCUUCCUAUGUUGAACAUCAUCCACACCAUCGUCGACCGCCAUCGGCCUCUUUCGACUUAAC